CACAGCCCUGAGCCCCAGUGUGGCCCGGAGGAACGGAGCCCGUGCCAGGGCGACCCAGUGGGGAGCCCAGGGACCAAGCUCGUGUUUGGGGGAUACCUCUACUUUUUCUCAGGGUUGCCAGUCCUGGGACAGUCGAGGCGUUGGGGCGGCCACCAAGUCCUCAGCGGGGAUACCCGGUCCGGGAGAGGACGCGCAGUGCCCAACAGUCUCGGAGAGCCGAGUGGAAUCGGGCGGGAUCACCCGGGGGCGCAGAGCCCCCGUCGCGCCUCGUGCGUCGGAAAGGCAGAGAGGACGAGCCCUCCGAGUCCGCAGCCCAUGCCCGAGUUGGGGCCGGCUGCCCAGUGAGUCCUCCUGGCCGGCCGGGCGGAGAAGAGCGACACCAAAGCCGGAAAGAGUGGAGCACUUCAAGGCCGGUGGCUGCAGAGGAUGGGCGAUUGAUCGGCUUCCAGAGCGCUGCGCAGCACGGGAAAGCGAGGCAAGCUUUGCUGAGGAGGUUCCAGGGUAUCCCGAAGUGAAGCCUGCCCCCGGGAAGAUGGCCCGGCCUGGGCAGCGUUGGCUUGGCAAAUGGCUUGUGGCGAUGGUCUUGUUGGCGCUGUGCCGGCUUGCUACUCCACUGGCCAAGAACCUGGAGCCCGUGUCCUGGAGCUCUCUGAAUCCGAAGUUCCUGAGUGGGAAGGGCCUGGUGAUCUACCCGAAGAUUGGAGACAAGCUGGACAUCAUCUGCCCCCGAGCAGAAGCAGGGCGGCCCUACGAGUACUAUAAGCUAUACCUGGUACGGCCUGAACAGGCAGCUGCCUGCAGCACUGUGCUCGACCCCAAUGUGCUGGUCACUUGCAACAGACCAGAACAGGAAAUCCGUUUCACCAUUAAGUUCCAGGAAUUCAGCCCCAACUACAUGGGCCUGGAGUUCAAGAAGCACCAUGAUUACUAUAUUACCUCUACAUCCAAUGGGAGCCUAGAGGGCCUAGAGAACCGUGAGGGAGGUGUGUGCCGGACACGCACCAUGAAGAUUGUCAUGAAAGUUGGGCAAGAUCCCAAUGCUAUGACACCUGAGCAGCUAACUACCAGCUGGCCCAGCAAGGAGACAGACAACACUGUCAUGAUGGCCACACAGGCUCCUCGUGGUCGGGGCCCCAUAGGGGACUCUGAUGGCAAGCAUGAAACUGUGAACCAGGAAGAGAAGAGCGGGCCAGGUACAAGUAGCGGCGGUGGCAGUGGGGACCCCGACAGCUUCUUCAACUCCAAAGUGGCAUUGUUUGCGGCUGUUGGUGCUGGCUGUGUCAUAUUCCUGCUUAUCAUCAUUUUCCUCACGGUUCUGCUACUAAAGCUGCGCAAGCGGCACCGAAAGCACACACAGCAACGGGCAGCUGCCCUUUCACUCAGUACACUGGCCAGUCCCAAGGCAGCCAGUGGCACAGCAGGCACCGAGCCCAGUGACAUCAUCAUUCCCUUACGGACUACAGAGAAUAAUUACUGCCCCCACUAUGAGAAGGUGAGUGGGGACUAUGGGCAUCCUGUCUACAUCGUCCAGGAGAUGCCACCCCAGAGCCCUGCGAACAUCUACUACAAGGUCUGAGUGCCUGGUGCAGCCUCAGACCCUGGAGGACAGUCUGGACCACACCUCUUCCUUCUCCCCCAUACCUUCUCCCUUUACCAGCUGUGCCCAUGUUUGUAUUUAGUUUUGUAGUUUCUUGGCUUUUAUAAGCCCCCUCUUUCCCUGCUCCCUGGGCUUUGGAGAGGGUGCUUGUGCCCCUCACCCCCAUGCUCUUGUGCCUUCCCCCUCUGACCAGGCCUCUGGGCUCUGUGGGGGCACCCCUUCUUAGUGGGCAGGGUUGGAUGCUGAUGGACAGAAGGCAGGGAGAUGCCCCCCUGGCCCCAUCCCCACCCGCGUCCCUAUGCCCCCUUCCCAGGACUGCUUGUCCACUAUCAUCACUGCUUUUAAUGCUUUUUUGUUCAUUUAUUAGCUGUCAACUCAUUUUCAUCUGUUUUUUUGAAGAAACAUGGAAAAAUGUAAAAUGCAGUCCCUUCCCAAGCUUUCUGAGCCUAGCCCAUCUAAGAGGACCUGGGGCUGAGGCUGGGGAAGGAUGUGGCCCGCCAGGAAGCAUAGAAUGACAUUUAUUUUAUAGACUCUUCAGCAUUUCUGGGGAGGUAGGGGCAGGCCAGGGCUGUUUUUGCCCAUGAAGGAAGAGGAGAGUACAGUUGGGCAAUGUAUCUCACCCUCCUCUCUUGACCCUCCUUCUACAAAGCUAAUCCUGGCAGUGGGGUAGUAGCUGCCACCCUUACACACACACACACACACACACACACGUGCACACAUCUUUUCCUUGUGGGAUUCUUGGGCAUCUCCUGCCUCCCUCACUCUCACGGUAAUUAAUGUCUUAAUUGGCUGUUGCCUGGGGAACAUGAGAGCUGCUGCAGGCAGAUGACCUCAUGGGGGGUGGAGGACAGUUAACUGGGAGUCCCCCCCCACCCUGUUCUCUUCUCACCUUUGGCAUCAUUUAGUCUGGUGGGGAAACAGAGGCCCAGAUGAAGACUUAAGUGGGUAUAAGACCAGGUGGCCUGCUCCUUUUCUGGGCUCCAGUACAGGUGGCUUAUCAUCCACCUAACUCCUGUUAGCUCCCCAAUCUUAGGUUGGGGCCUGGGAAGAGGAAGAG